CCUUUAGGAAAAUUUUUUGGGUUUGGUUUGACAGCCAAACGUGCUCUUUGAAAAUAUAGCUAUUCUAUGGAGAAGCUCAUUCCUGCAGUUAAUAAGCUACAAGAUGUAUUUGGACAGCUGGGACUUGACUCUCCUGUUGACUUGCCCCAAAUAAUGGUGGUUGGAAGCCAGAGUUCUGGAAAGUCUUCUGUGUUGGAAGCCUUUGUGGGAAGGGACUUUCUUCCUAGGGGUUCCGGAAUUGUGACAAGGAGGCCAACUAUUGUUCAAAUGAUACAAACAAAACCUGAUAAGCUAAAGGGGGAACAAGAAGAAGUGGAUAAAACAGUUGAGAAAAAGGGUAAACAGCAAGAAGACGAAACAGGAAAGGACACUAAAUAUGGUGACGAAUGGGUAGAGUUUUUACAUAUCCCUAAUAAGCGCUUUUAUGAUUUUGAGCAAGUUCGACAAGAGAUUGAAGCUGAAACUGACCGUACAACCGGAAAGAACAAAGGAAUUUCCCCAAAACCAAUCAACUUGAAAGUUUAUUCUCCCAACGUUGUUGACCUUACAGUGGUGGACCUUCCCGGUUUGACAAAGGUUCCCGUGGGAGAUCAACCUGAUGAUAUCGAGAAACUGAUUCGGGCUAUGAUUAUGUCAUAUAUUGAAAGACCCAACGCUAUUGUUCUAGCAGUUCAUCCCGCGAAUGCUGAUUUGGCUACCUCCGAUGCGCUGCAAAUGGCAAAGAGUGUGGACCCCGAAGGUGAUCGUACUAUUGGUGUUAUUACAAAGCUCGACUUGAUGGACAAAGGAACCGAUGCUUUAGAGUGGCUGCAAGGAAAAGUAUACAAAUUGAAGAGAGGAUAUGUAGGCGUUGUGAACCGAUCACAAGCAGAUAUCAAUUCGCACAAAACAAUUCAAGAGGCUAGAGAAGCUGAGAAACGGUUCUUUAAAGAACAUCCAGUUUAUAAGAAUUUUGCGGACCAAAUGGGUUCAGAAUAUUUAGCAAAGAAACUUUCAGGAUUGUUGAUGGACCAUAUACGCAAAUGUCUUCCGGAUUUACGAACCAAAAUCAACUCUCAGUUAAAGGAGAAACAGAAGGAGUUGUUGAAAUUGGGUUCUGCCCUUGGAGAUAAUGAAGAUAUUGGAGCUGCAUUACUCAGUAUAAUCAAUCACUAUGCAAUGGAAUUUAAUCAAGCUUUAGAAGGAAAAGCACAUGAAGUGAUUUCCGCAACUGAAUUAUAUGGUGGUGCUAGAAUCAAUUAUAUAUUUCAUGAUAUUUAUGCUAAAGAGCUGGACAAAAUGGAUCCUUUUGAAGACUUGACUUUGGAUGAUAUGAGAACAGCUAUUCGGAAUGCAACUGGACACCGUUCUUCGUUAUUCAUUCCAGAAUACGGCUUUGAUUUACUUAUUAAGAAGCAAAUAGAAAAGUUCAAUUUACCUGCCCAGACUUGUGUAGAUUUGGUAUAUAAUGAACUGCAAAGACUAGCAGUUGCUUUAGACCAUGAUGACUUGGCAAGAUUUGAACGUUUGGAAUCACGUUUGGGUGAAGUGACAGGAGACUUGCUGAGACGACUCAAAGAGCCAACCUCUCAAGUGGUUGCCGAUUUAGUGGAUAUGGAGAUUUCCUAUAUCAAUACUCGUCAUCCAGAUUUUAUUGGAGGCAAUCGAGCCAUGACAAAACUAUUUCGUUCCAUGCAAGCAGCAGAAGAGCGACAACGUGCUGCAGCUGCUGCUGCUCAGGGUCAACCGCAAAAUAUGCCACAAGGAAGUGGAUAUCCGCCCAAUUCUUCACAACAGUCUCCACCACAAGGUUCUCCUACUGGACCUGGAGGAAGAGGUCUUCCACCACCUAAUCAACAACAGCAACCACAGACAACGGGUCGUCCUUCCUUUCAGGGACCGCGUCCACAGCAAAAUGCUACUGGAAGUGGUCCUCAAUCAGCACAACCACAGCAAGCUACUAAUCAACCUUAUAACUACUAUAGUGGACAACCCAACAAUAAUGCUACCGAAGAAAAUGCUGUGGAUGAGCAAGAUAAGAAGCUUGAAGAUGGAGCUGAUGAUAUUAGCUUGUAUAAUGUUCCAGAGCACAUAAAGGCUGGAAAUGGCCGUCCAUUGAAUGAAAGAGAACAUAUGGAAAUCGAAAUGAUACGGACUUUGUUACAAAGCUAUUUUGAUGUGGUCCGAAAGAAUUUGCAAGAUUAUGUGCCCAAAGCCAUUAUGAAAUUCUUAGUUCUCAAAUUCCGAGAUGAGUUACAUAGUGAAUUGGUGACGAGCUUAUACAAGGAAGAUAAUCCAGAUGAACUUUUACAAGAGUCUUCGGAAACUACCGAAAGACGCAAGGAAUUGAGAAAGAUGAUUUCUAUCCUCAAACGAGCCAGUCAAGUAAUCAAUGAAGUGAGAGAAUCGGAGAAUGCUGAAUCAUAAAGAUAUUUGAGUAACAUCUGUAAAGUUUUGUGGUUUU